AUGCGGAUUUUCCUCGCAGGGUCCAUCACCUUUGGCUCUGGUUUGGGAGCUAUUCCACUUACAGCCGGUCUCAGUCUGAUUUUGGCCUCAUAUGGCGCUCGGCGAAUGAAUGUGGCCAAGCGGAAGGUGGAAGUCGUCCGAGGAGAGUUAACAAGCCACAAUAUAGCACCCCAUACCUUGACAACCCGCGAAAAGGUAAUUGUAGUUACGGCUGGGUUGAUCAGUCUUGGAGCUGGCACGGCCAUUGGUGUCGAGCUUUUCCCGCCUGUCGGUGUAGAGGUGACUAACAUGGAGCUCAGUCAUGCUGUGGCUCCUGGAGGCGAUGUCACUAUUCAACCGGACAGCGUGCAACACGCGACACCUGCAGAUGCAGGUAACGUUCAAUCUUUUGCUGCGCAGACUGCCGUAGCUGGUCUAGCAUCUAAUACGUCACGAUGGGUUAUGGAAAGGUUUGACGACGCCUUCUGGAAGGAAAAGAUCAGGAUGGCGGCCGGCUGCCCGCUGCGCUCCAUUCGCCGGCUGCUUUAA